AGAAAGUGGAGUUUUCCCGAAGUAGUCGCUACCUGGCCGCCACGCAGCUCUACACGCUCUCUCACCUCGGAGGACCAACUUUCUGAUUUGCAAUGGCAGCUCAAAUCAUAAGCGGCAAAGAAGUUUCAGCGCAGGUGAGGGAGCGACUGAAGAAAGAUGUGGAGCAGAUGAAACAGCAGGAUCCAAACUUCAGACCCGGUCUUGUGGUGCUACAGGUUGGAGACCGUGAGGACUCCAAUCUGUACAUCAGCAUGAAGCUGAAAGCAGCUGAAGAGAUUGGAAUAAAUGCAACGCAUAUGAGAAUUCCUAAGACUGCAACAGAAGAGGAGAUUCUUCACAGCAUCACCGAGGUGAACGAGAACUCGUCCGUGCACGGCCUCAUCGUGCAGCUGCCACUGGACUCAGUCCACAAGAUCAACACCGAGAAGGUCACCAACGCUGUGGCCCCAGAAAAAGACGUGGAUGGACUGACCAGCAUAAAUGCAGGGAAGCUGUCCCGUGGAGACCUGGGCGACUGCUUCAUCCCCUGCACGCCCAACGGCUGCAUGGAGCUCAUCAAACAGACCGGCGUGUCUGUGGCGGGAAAGAGAGCCGUGGUCCUCGGUCGCAGUAAGAUCGUCGGCGCGCCGAUGCACGACCUGCUGCUGUGGAGCCACGCCACCGUCACCACCUGCCACUCUAAAACUGCCGACCUCGCUGGAGAGGUGGGUAAAGCUGACAUCCUGGUUGUGGGUAUUGGAAAAGCCGAGAUGGUGAAAGGAGAGUGGAUUAAGAAGGGAGCCGUGGUCAUCGACUGCGGCAUCAACCACGUUCCAGAUGAGACCAAAGCCACCGGGAAGCGCGUGGUGGGAGACGUGCACUACGCCUCGGCGAAGGAGCGGGCCGGCUUCAUUACGCCCGUGCCCGGCGGCGUUGGACCCAUGACUGUGGCCAUGCUGAUGGCGAACACGGUGCUGAGUGCAAAGCGCUUCCUGGAGAACUAUCAGCCAGGGAAGUGGAACAUUUCCUACAAUAAACUGGACCUCCAGAAGCCCGUCCCGAGCGACAUCGUGAUUUCCCGCUCCUGCGUGCCCAAACCCAUCGACCGCAUCGCUCAGGAAGUGGGCCUGCUGUCCGACGAGGUGGAGCUCUACGGCAAGACGAAGGCCAAGGUCCUGCUCAACAUCAUCAAACGGCUGCAGUCGCAGCCCGACGGGAAAUACGUGGUGGUCACUGGCAUCACUCCCACCCCUCUGGGCGAGGGGAAGAGCACCACCACCAUCGGCCUGGUGCAGGCCAUGGGCGCUCACAUGAAGCUCAACGUGUUCGCCUGCGUCCGCCAGCCGUCUCAGGGACCCACGUUCGGCAUUAAAGGUGGCGCUGCAGGCGGCGGAUAUUCUCAAGUCAUUCCAAUGGAGGAGUUUAACCUCCACCUCACUGGAGACAUUCACGCCAUCACGGCGGCCAACAACCUGGUGGCCGCCGCCAUCGACGCUCGCAUGUUCCACGAGGCCACCCAGUCCGACAAGGCUUUGUUCAACCGCCUGGUUCCCCUCAGCGGAGGACAGAGGAAGUUUUCUCCCAUCCAGAUCAACCGGCUCAGAAAACUGGGCAUAGAGAAGACCGAUCCUUCCACGCUCACUGAGGAGGAAGUCACCCGCUUCGCCCGCCUGGAUAUCGAGCCGAGCUCCGUCACCUGGCAGAGAGUGUUGGACACCAACGAUCGGUUCCUGAGAAAGAUCACGAUCGGCCAGGCGCCGACUGAGAAGGGAUACACGAGAGAGGCCCAGUUCGACAUCACCGUCGCCAGUGAAAUCAUGGCGGUGCUCGCCCUCACCAGCAGCCUGGAGGACAUGCGGGAGCGCCUGGCCAAGAUGGUGGUGGCCACCAGCCGCGGCGGGCAGCCCAUCACCACCGAGGACCUGGGCGUGAGCGGUGCUCUGACCGUGCUGAUGAGGGACGCCAUCAAGCCCAACCUGAUGCAGACUCUGGAGGGAACCCCUGUGUUUGUCCACGCCGGCCCCUUCGCCAACAUCGCCCAUGGGAACUCCUCCAUCCUGGCUGAUAAAAUAGCUUUGAAGCUGGUUGGGCCUGACGGCUUUGUAGUGACCGAGGCCGGUUUUGGCGCCGACAUCGGCAUGGAGAAGUUCUUCAACAUCAAGUGCCGCUACUCGGGCCUGCGGCCUCACGUGGUGGUGCUGGUGGCCACCGUGCGAGCCCUGAAGAUGCACGGAGGAGGACCCACCGUCACUGCUGGGAUGCCGCUGCCGAAGGAGUAUGUGGAGGAGAACCUGGAGCUGCUGAAGGAGGGCUGCAGCAACAUGAAGAAGCAGAUCGAGAAUGCAAAGCACUUCGGCGUGCCUGUGGUGGUGGCCGUCAACGGUUUCAAGACCGACACUGAGGCUGAGCUGGAUCUGGUCUGUAACGUGGCCAAAGCUGCCGGAGCCUUCGAUGCGGUCCGGUGCGCCCACUGGGCCGAGGGCGGGGCCGGCGCCGUGGCCCUCGGAGAGGCUGUCCAGAGGGCUUCUGUGGCCCCCAGCAACUUCAAAUUCCUCUACGAUCUGGAGCUCCCGAUUGCUGAUAAAAUCCGAAUAAUCGCUCAGAAGAUUUACGGAGCGGACGAUAUCGAGCUCCUCCCAGAGGCUCAGCAUAAGGUGGAGCUCUACACCAAGCAGGGAUUCGGACAUCUUCCGAUCUGCAUGGCGAAGACCCACCUGUCGCUCUCUCACGAGGCAGACAAAAAGGGCGUGCCCACCGGAUUCGUCCUGCCCAUCAGAGACAUCCGGGCCAGUGUGGGCGCCGGCUUCCUCUACCCACUGGUCGGCACGAUGCCCACCAUCCCCGGCCUGCCCACCCGGCCGUGCUUCUACGACAUUGAUCUGGACCCUGAGACCGAACAGGUCAACGGUCUCUUCUAGA